CUUUCGACAAUGCUGGAGAGCUCUGUUUCCAAAUGUGAAAAGACUCCGUGGACCAGAGCUCAACGAUGGUUCUGUCUUUUGAUGCUGUUCCUCAUGACGGGAACUUUUAUGUUAAUGUUCUACAGUCCGAGCUCAUUUUCAAGCCAAUAUCACAGCAAUUUGACUCGUUCUUCAGUUAGUGGUAUCUCACCAGAUGACCCCUCAGCAUCGCAGUAUAUUGUGGCAUACCCAAACCAGUACCAAUUCAUACUGGACGAACCCAAUAGAUGUCAGCAAGAAAGGCCAUUCUUGGUUCUGAUGAUCCCAGUCGCACCCCACAACGGAGAGGCCCGUAACAUAAUCCGCAACACGUGGGGCAAAGAAAUCACAGUGCAGGGCCAAGUGGUCAGCCAUUACUUCCUGUUGGGCCUCUCCAAAGAGGAAGGAAGGACAGAGCCCUUUAAGGAGCAAGUGUUGCAGGAGAGCCAGAGACAUCAUGAUAUUCUCCAGAGUAACUUCUUGGAUAGCUACCACAACCUCACCAUUAAAACAAUGAUCAUGUUCGAAUGGCUCCACUCCCACUGUCCCAACACCUCCUACGCCAUGAAGGUCGACUCGGACAUGUUCCUUAAUGUCCACAAGCUCGUUGGCAUGCUUUUGAUAGCCCCCCGACGCCUCUACAUGACAGGAAUGGUGACAAGGGGUGCGCCUGUUCUUCGAGACCCUAAUUCAAAGUGGUUUAUGCCCGUUUCUGCCCUCUCUGAGUCGAGGUACCCACCGUACGCCCUGGGACUGGGCUAUGUGUUCUCAAUGGAUUUACCAAAGAAGAUACUGGAGGCGUCUGCGCAUGUUAAAGCUGUUUACAUUGAGGAUGUGUACGUGGGAAUGUGUAUGGAAUAUCUGGGAAUUGCACUGACAGAUCCACCUCAUGGUGGUUUGUUUAGGGCAACAGUACCUUAUUUGGCAGGCAGCUGCUACUGGACCUCUGUCAUUACAACCAUACUGCAGAACACUGAGGAGCUUUCAAAGGUAUGGGUAACAUAUCAGACUCAAGCACAAAGCGGCUGCUAAGCACUUCUGCCUGAGCCUUCCAAAAACUGUCACUGUUUUAAAGUUGCACACUGUAACCGCAUAGCCUUGUUGCACAGCACAGCAGUUACAAUGCCUGUUUACAGAACAAGCUAGUGCCUUGAUGAUAAUGUUUCUGUGUUUUAAGUACGGUCUGGGCGUUUCAUAAGAAAACAGAGAUUGUGAAACAGAUACGCAUUUUGAGGCUGAGCAAAGUGUGUUCUGUUUUUGACGUUUGCAAGGUUGCACAAAUGAUUGUGAAUGUGUCAAUAAUCUAAGGGUUUUAAGAUGUAGAGCAGUUUUUUAAAUUGCUCCUGAGGCCGUGCAGCCUACAUGUCAUAGCUGGUGGUAUGAUUAAACUGAACCAACAGGAAGUAAGCAAGCACACUAGUUGCCCCCUUGUGAAACGAUGGAGUUGUUUGGCAUGAGGAAAAAUCUUGAUAAUUCUAGAGCGAUAUCAAAAUGUGCAUGCAUGCAUGCACAUUAUACACAUGCAUGCAUGCAAAAUGUGCAUGCAAAAUGUGCAUGCAUGCAUGAGAGAAAGCCCACCAUAUACCACCGCUCCACAGGAGAGAGGAUUUGAUCAUGUGCAGCUGCACAAUUUCAGACAGUUCACACGGUGUGCUGCUAAAACAGUAGCUGUUACUGCAGCUCUGGUAUAAUAUGCAUAACGACAACAUUUAUUAAAUGUUGUAAACACAAAAACAUGCUAUUAUCACAGAAAAUUAUGUGAGCAAGCACAAAGUCAUUAAUUCACAACAAAAAACCCUUUCUACCCUUUAUGAGCAAUAAAUUGUUUUUGUUGUUGAUUAACAUUUGUGUUGCACACAUAUCUUCUGCGCCCUUCAAAGCAGCGAGGAACUGAUAAUAAAAUGAGGUUGUGUUGAUUUCCCGAGUAAUGAAAAGUAGCUGAAUGGGACUGAACAACAUGCCAGUAUGUCACUUUCUGUGUUAACAGUAUUUCUCUUUCUGAGGAGCAUAAUACAGUUAGAGUAGUACAAGUAAUUAUUUUUCGACAAUUACAUUGGCUAAACUUAUGUUGAAAGACCAUCUGAAGAGAUGUUCUCAUUGGCUAAAAAAAUAGAAGAAUACUUUAUUACUGCGUCACAAACAACAAAAUGACCUUUAAAUUAUUAAGCCUUUUGAAGGCUUCUCUGAAGAAUCCCACUGUUGAUAGAAGUCAUCAUGUGGUUAACAUGGUUUAGGCACUAAAACGAAAAGAUCAUGGUUAGGCUUAAAAAUAGAUAUGUUACUUACACUUGCAGCCAGUGAAGGCCUUCGAAAGCCAGUCAGUCAAUGGGCUCUCAAACUUUUUUUAUUUCAUUUUAAUGCAGCGCACUUUGCUACACCAGGGUAAAUAAAUGAAAAUGUCCCUAUAAUUUCCAAUUUAUGUAUGAUUUUAAAUUUGACAGUGGAUGUUUAUUUCACAAUGUAAAUUCCUUCAUAUCUCAUUUAUUUAUGAAUCAAUUUUUGGAUUUGGUCAGUUGUUUUAAUGCAACACUAAUUCAUCCUCUCACCCAUUCAUUAAAUACAUUUGCCUCGUUUUAAAGAUGCAGCAUUGGGUUCAGAGAUGAUUCUGGUUGGCAGGAGUAAAGCACACUGCUGGAUCUUUUAUUCGGGCCCUGCAUUGCAAAAGUUAAUUAAUCCUUCAUACAUUAAAGAGAGAGAGUCUAUAUUAUAUAAAAUAUUUGUGAGAGAUUUUCGAACAUGGGGACUUGCUCUCUUAUGCCUCUGCCUGCUAACUUCCUCCCAAUUUCUUUUACUUGCAUUUAUUCUGUCCUAAUUUAUAUUAUUUAUAUGAACUCUUGAGUUGUUUAAUGAGCCUACAUUCUGUGAAAUGAUUGUGUGUUUAAUCAUGUAGAAACUGUUGUUACAGUAGAUUGAAUCUAAUUGAUUCUCAAGAAUCUUUCUGCAGCGAGACACAAAAACAAGAAAAGUAUUUAUUUUUCUCUCACCCUGGACUUCCUCUUUCGCUCCCUGCCUGCUUAUUUCCAUAGAAAUAAUAGGUGACGCUGCACUGUGGCUGGCUGAUUAACCUGUGGGUGGCUUAUACAUCUGCUCUUUAGAUCUGCUCUUCACGAGAAGAGCUUGACACGUAGAAAUAACUGACACAUCACAUUUUGUGGUUCCUUAUCAGUGUUUAAAGAAUUUGAAGCGUCAAAAUCAAAUGUCAGCUUUGUGUGCAAAUCUCUCCUAGUUGAACUUGAUUAGAAAAGCUACAGGAUUUCAUGUAGUUUGUAAAACAGACAUUUAAAGUAGUGCACAUACAGGAACACCGAAAACAUUUAUUUUUAUAAAAGCCACAUCCUGAUAUGACUGCGGCCUUUAAGUUUUUUCUCACACCGUACACAGAGUAAGGUCAGCCAGGAUUUAAGUGAUGUGCAAACACGAGCAACAGCGCUCUCUGGUGGUAAGCAGACAAAUGAGAAAACAGAAACAAGGAACAGAGACAGGUGUUGAAGGAAAUGAGGGAUUAUGAGUAAAGUUUAAAUAAAGGGUGUGGUUGCAAAUCAAGUUUUAAUAACUUCCCAAUAGGAAAUGACAACUUACAUGUAGCAAAAUAUACUGUAAGCACAUCACACUUCAGUUUUGUCUCGCAACCACAUGUUGAUGUGGCGUUACUAUGGCUACCAAGGAUAAGUAGGUAUGAGAUCCUGUAUUCACCCUCCUUGACAGUGAUGCUGAAUAUUACUGAAUGGUGCUAAAUAUUACUAGACCCUAAAAGCACCAGCAUUAAGAAGGGUGUCUGCAGAUCUGAGACAGCCUCAUGACCGUUCUGCCUUCAUAAUAGACAGGUAAAUAACUCCACACAAAAUCCUGUCUCAUGCUGUUUUUUUUCCAAUGUCAGUGCAUCUGUGUGUCCAUAAAGGUUUUUUUUUUUUUUUAAACCCAGUCUGAGACUCUUUCAUAAGACAAAAACAGCAGAUAAAGAGACACUGACUGAGACAGAUAAAGAGAUGGGCUCAGCCAGCCUGUCACCUCAGUACGCCUCUGCAGGAAGGCAAGCAAAGCUGUGCGCCUGUGUGUCUGCUUCUAUUUCUGAUCUUUGAGAAGGAUCAAAUAUUGUCAAAUGGACAUCUAAUGUGAGAACAUGUUGCUCUAACAGCUAACUAUUGUGACUGAUCCAAUUUUCAACUGUUACAGUCCUUGAGAGACCAAAACGAACCAAGUCUGCACCUCCACACACUCACAAUGGCUGCAACCAAGUGUACUUGAUCUUCUCUCGGGCCUGUUCUCUGCUUCCAGCCACUCUGUCACCCCAUGUCUCCAACUACUUGUCUCUUUAACAACCACUCUCUUUACAAAUCCCCUCCAAGACAGAUGGGUCUGAGGGUUCGAGUCAGCUGAGUGUCUGGUCCAGGUGGACAAAGCUCCCAGAUUCCACUCAAUUUUGGGGGUGUGGAUCUUUUUUUUUUUUUUUUUUUCCCAGAAUUAGCUCCACUCAGCCAAGCUAUGGCUAAAUCUGUUUUAGCGUCAGUAUCCUGAAUUGCAGUCUGGCAACCUCUCACCUUCACUCCCCACUGACACCACAGCUGAUGCUACUUUCCUUCAAUCUGUUUUGCUGUACUUUUGUUUUAUAAUUUCCCACAAUGCUUAUUGACAAGUGGACAAGUGGGGUGUGGGCUGGGUGAUUUCAGUGCAGACAUAGACGUUGAGGAACAUGCAGAUAAGAACCGUCUCUUCCAGGAUGACAAUGCGCCCAGCCACAAGGGGUCACUGACGGGUUUGAUGGUUUGAAUCAUAUGCCGUGGCCUUAACAGACACCAGAUUCUUACCUCCAUCACCAAAACACCAAACGAGGGAAUAUGUUUCGGAAGAAUUAGUGUUCUACUCUGAGAACGUAUGACGGGGAGCACUGAAUCUGUCUUGCUUUACUAAGACUGGCAGUUUUUCUUACCUGCUGAGCCUAAAUGCUCUUUUUCAACACUGCCACACUUUCACACUGGGAAGCUGUGCAGUACACAGUUUCAUGUGCUGGCUACUGAGCAGCCUCACUGGACCAGUUGGAGGUUAACAGGUUGGUCUCAUCAGCAGUUGGUUCUGUAGCUCUCCAGUAAAAUAUCAACCCUAUAACAACAUAACAAUAUAAAAAUACAGGGCUGCCUUCAGUGACAGAUCUGAUAGUCCUAUCUUGUACUAUGCUAUGGUCUGUUAAGCAUGCUGAAGACAUUAGCUUGAAUUUUGACUUUCUCAAACAAUAUUUUUGAUUUGUGUUAUCAGGUGUAGGCAGUUAUCAGGCGAACAGUUGAAUAAUUUGCAUGUUUUUUUUUCUUUUGCCUGUUCAUUGUGAACUUGUCAUUUUGU